AUGUCGGCGCUCCAGUUCUUCCCCGCCUGCGUCGGGUCGUUGGGCAUCGUCGCCUGGUGGACCUUCCUGUCGUGCGUGACGACGUUGCCGUCCUCGGGCGAUUUCCUCGCGGACGUCGCGAACGUCGCCGCGCGCCUCGCGAUGCCCUGGCGCGAGUCGCGGCGCCGCGCCGCGCGGGCGGCGGCCUGCGCCGGCGUGCACUGCGCGCGGGAGGCCCUGCGGGCCCUGGAGCGGGGCGGCGACGCCGGGAGUUCGGCGCGGACGUCGUGGGCCGAUCUGACGGCGGGCAUGGCUUUGGUGAUCCCCGUGGUCUUCCUCUUCAACGUCGUCGCCUACUCGUCGGAGAAGUCCGUCAAGGAGCGCUUCGUGCUCCGGUCGGCCCUGGCCCACGAGCACAACCACGACGUGCGGCUCAGCCUCCUGUCCGAGGACGUGUCGUCGAUGGUCGCGCGCAUCUCGGCCGUCGUCACGCGCUCGACGAACGACGACGAGCGGACCUACGCCCACUCCCAGGAGCGGCUGCUGCUGGCGUCGCUGCCCUGCUUCCUGCUGGCGCUCCUGGGCUGGUUCCCGUCGGCGCAGCGGCUCUUCGGGGACCUCGUCGCGUCGUCGUUCGGCGCUGUGUGGAAUUCAACCACUGGUUUGGGUGGUCCUGACCAAACUUGA